AUGCCUCCUCCAAAUAAAAGAAAACGCCAUCUUGAGGCUGCGAGAAAAUCAAAAGCUGAGUAUGCGUGUUUAAAAAAAAAUAAGACAAUGCAUCAAUCUAAUGAUUUAUUGGAUUAUGAAUCAGUUGAUGAAGAACUUGAUGAUCAUAUUUGGGUGGAUAAAGGAAUCAAUGAAAAAGCCGAUAGUUACUUUGAAGUUUUACUAGCAGCUGCUAGGAAUAAUAAUUCUUGGAAAGUUGCAGGUAGACCUACUUAUAAUUAUGCUGCAGAUGUAGCAGUGCAAUUAAUGGAGACAAAUUUAGUUGAUGAGGCUGUAGAUAUAAUAGUGAUUGAUGAGAAUGGAGAUACAAUAAUGGUUGAUAAUGCUGUAGAUUUAAUAGUUGAAUUAGCGGAAAUAAAUGUGAAUGAUGAUAAAGCCUGUAUAAAACGAGCAAUUAAGGAAUUAGACAAUAUGUUAGAAAAAGACAGUAAACAAAUUGAUAAAGGAACUAAAGUUUGUUUACAAGCUGCAUUGCAAUAUUUGUGUUUAAGAUAUCAAGGUUGA